AUGACUUCGCGUUUCGGCGCUCUUUUGAUCGCUCUUGGCGUGUGUCAAGCGCUGAUAUCGCCGCAGCCGUCGAUCGGGGCAGCGAACAUCCUGGCAAUCCACACGAUUAACAGCAAGAGCCACUGGAACCCGGUGCGGGCCGUGCUACGGGCGUUGACUGACCGCGGCCACACCGUGACCGUGUUCACGCCGUUCGUGGACGGUGACAGGGAUGGUUACACGGAGGUGGACCUUUCCGGUGACCUGAAGUCGAGGGUUGGAAUGAAUUUGUCGAGAAUUACCAGGUCCGCUAGCCCGAUGAUCGCUCACAUCGUGAAUUCAACACGGACCAGCUGCAGAACCAUAUUCGAACACCCACGAAUGCGAACACUUUUGAACGGCCGGUCGAGGCCAUUCGACGCUGUGGUCGCCGAGGUGCUCUGGUUGGAUUGCGCGUCGUACGCGGCCACCGUUCUCCGCGUUCCUGCCAUAUAUGUCGUCCCUUCGCCAAUCGUCACGCACGUGGAGCGUCGGUUCUUCGGUCACGUCCCCAACCCCGCGGUCGUCUCCAACUUGCUAUCACCGCGCGGCGUGCCAAAAACGUUCUGUGAACGUUUCACCAAUACGCUGCACAUGAUUUACGGUUCGUGGCUGUUGUGGAACAACGAACGGAGGCACCGGCGUUCCGCCCCCCAACCGUUCGACGACAUGGAACUGGUCAGACCGUCGAUGACUUUCACCAACACGCACUUCAUCACUGAACCUUCCAGGCCACUGACACCAGACGUCGUACAAAUCGGCGGCAUACAUCUGUCUCCGCCGGGACCGAUACCAAAGGACAUUUUGGAAUUCAUUGACGACGCGCCUAAUGGAGUGAUUUAUUUCACGUUCGGUUCGGUGGUAUCGAUGGCAUCGUUACCGGAAAGUGUACUGAGAGUGUUAAAAGAGGCGAUCGCUCAGGUUCCGCAGAAGGUAUUGUGGAAAUACGAAGGUGAAAUGGCAGACAAACCGAAGAACGUGAUGAUGCGGAAAUGGUUUCCACAACGCGAUAUACUUUUGCAUCCUAAUGUGAAACUGUUUAUCAGUCAUGGAGGUAUAUCUGGAGUAUAUGAAGCUGUAGACGCAGGUGUGCCUUUACUCGGAUUUCCGAUUUUCUACGAUCAACCAAGAAAUAUUGACAAUCUGGUGGACGCCGGAAUGGCGAUAUCUAUGGAUCUUUUUUCUAUAACUAAAGACACGUUUUUUAACGCCAUUUUGGAGAUUGUCAACAACAACAGGUACCAACAAAACGCUAAAAUAGCAUCCGAUCGGUUCAAAGACCGGCCCAUGUCACCCUCGGAGUCGGUAGUUUACUGGACUGAGUACGUUUUGCAUCAUAACGGAGCGCCACAUUUAAAAUCUCACUCUCUGAAUCUGACGUGGUAUCAAUAUUUGUUAGUUGAUGUAAUUAACACAUUUUUAUUUAUUGCGUUUGUCGUCUCAUCCAUAAUUUAUUAUGGCAUAAAAAUGUUUUGGAAGCACAUAUUUUCUAAGUUUUUCUAUACUGUCAAAUCAAAACGUGAAUAA